CAGCACCGGGGCUCUGGACAGCGCCCGCGCGGGCCGCCGGGCUCGCGCUCCCUCCGCAGGCUCCGCUCCUGCCCUCUGGUCCCCCUGCCGCAGGGACAGAAAAUUGCAUCGGGACCCAUGCAGCCGGCAAUGAUGAUGUUUUCCAGUAAAUACUGGGCGAGGAGAGGGUUUUCCCUGGAUUCCGCGGUGCCCGAAGAGCAUCAGCUACUUGGCAGCUUAACACUAAACAAAGCUAACUCUGGCAAGAAGGAUGAGAACAAAGGCAACAAGGGAAGCAGCAAAGGCGAGACUGCUGCUGAAAGCGGCAAGACGGCGGUUGUGUUCUCUUUGAAAAAUGAAGUCGGUGGAUUGGUCAAAGCGCUGAAGCUCUUUCAGGAAAAACACGUCAACAUGGUUCAUAUCGAGUCGAGAAAAUCCCGGCGCAGGAGUUCAGAGGUGGAGAUCUUUGUGGACUUCGAGUGUGGCAAAACAGAAUUCAACGAGCUCAUCCAGCUGCUGAAAUUCCAGACGACAAUCGUGACGCUGAAUCCGCCGGAGAACCUUUGGGCAGAGGAAGAAGAGCUAGAGGAUGUGCCCUGGUUCCCCCGGAAGAUCUCUGAAUUAGACAAAUGCUCUCACAGAGUUCUCAUGUAUGGUUCUGAGCUUGAUGCUGAUCACCCAGGAUUUAAGGACAAUGUCUAUCGGCAGAGAAGAAAGUACUUUGUGGAUGUGGCCAUGGGUUAUAAAUACGGCCAGCCCAUCCCCAGGGUGGAGUACACGGAGGAAGAAACUAAAACUUGGGGCGUUGUAUUCCGGGAGCUCUCCAAACUCUAUCCCACUCACGCUUGCCGGGAGUAUUUGAAAAACUUCCCUCUGCUGACUAAAUACUGCGGCUACAGGGAGGACAAUGUGCCUCAACUGGAAGAUGUCUCCGUGUUUCUGAAAGAAAGGUCUGGCUUCACGGUGAGGCCGGUGGCUGGCUACCUGAGUCCGAGAGACUUCCUGGCGGGACUGGCCUACAGGGUGUUCCACUGCACCCAGUACAUCCGGCACGGCUCGGACCCCCUCUACACCCCGGAACCGGACACAUGUCACGAACUCCUGGGACAUGUUCCACUCCUUGCGGAUCCUAAGUUUGCUCAGUUUUCACAAGAAAUAGGCCUGGCAUCUCUGGGAGCAUCUGAUGAAGAUGUGCAGAAACUAGCCACGUGCUAUUUCUUUACAAUUGAGUUUGGCCUUUGCAAACAGGAAGGUCAACUGCGGGCAUAUGGAGCAGGACUACUUUCUUCCAUUGGAGAAUUAAAGCAUGCUCUUUCCGACAAGGCUUGUGUGAAAGCCUUUGACCCAAAGACGACCUGCCUACAGGAGUGCCUGAUCACCACCUUCCAGGAAGCCUACUUUGUUUCGGAAAGUUUUGAAGAAGCCAAAGAAAAGAUGAGGGACUUUGCAAAGUCAAUUACCCGUCCCUUCUCAGUAUACUUCAAUCCCUACACACAGAGUAUUGAAAUUCUGAAAGACACCAGAAGCAUUGAAAACGUGGUGCAGGAUCUCCGCAGCGAUUUGAACACCGUGUGUGAUGCCUUGAACAAGAUGAACCAGUAUCUGGGGAUUUGAUGCCUGGGACGAGUGUCGUUGCCAGCAUGGCCUUUUAGGGGCUUAGUAGUCAAUGUUCUAUAACACCAAUAACUUUCUGUGUCAUGGCUUGGCUAGAGUAGGCAUGCAAUUAUGUAUAUCUCUACCUAUUUGUAACUUACUGUGUUAAAGUGUGAAAUACCAUUAAGAACCCAGUGACAGGUAACCACUCAUAGUAUGAAAGAUUGUAAUAUGUUUAAAUGUCUUAAACAGAUUUGACAUUCCUGCUUAGUAUCUUUAACCAAACUGCAUAUAUUUAAAAUUUGUAAUAAGUAGCCCUCUUAUGACUAGUUUUUGACCUUUUCUUUCUCAGAUCUGAGCCUGUCCUCUGUGUUCAUUAGAUAAAAUGAAAAUAGCAGUGAAACUGUCUCUCCUUUCUGUACUUUCACAGCAUUAUUUGAGAUAAACUCAGAAUUGCAUGAAGCUUCCCAUCACAUUAACAAGGAUUCAGUAUUCUGUUUUGAAAGUUGUUGAGGCAACACACUAGUUGAAAUGACUUUCAGGUUGAGUAUUUAUACGAUGGAAGAAAAGAAAGCUUUUUAGAAAUGGGAUAUAUAGGUCACACUGACCUUGUAGAAACUAAGUUGUGGCAUGCUUCCCAAAGCAUGGGAAGGAAAUCCUUCCAGAAAGGACAUUGGGAAAGACUAAACAGUGGGUAAUAAAUCUUGGGACUAUUAAUUUUAUGCUGGAAUAAAGUGAAUUAUCAUGCUC